AUGCAAUGUGAUCCUGAUACCGGCAGUAAGCAAAAAAAAAGAGUUGUGAAAGGUGAACUGAAUACCGAUCUCAUCAACACUGGAGUACUCUCCGGUCAGCAGAGUGCCACCUCGAUGAGGAUAUUCACAGCUUCUCUGGGUGGAAUUAUCCGCGAUGUCACAGCCCGUUCACAUUGCAUCUCAGCCGAGCCACGAGUACUCAAAACGAGUCCCACUUGUACAUCAGUUUACGUUGAUGGAUCCGAACUAAGAGGUAUGCAAAACAUGAAAGUGCACGUGCACUACGAGAAAUGGACAGCAUUCAUCGCUUUCACCGUUUGGGCGAUCGUCACCACAAAGGAGCUGCUAAACAAUUUGCUUGCGGAAAUCGUUUUCCAACAAACCGAGCUUCGGGUGUUUGCCUCAUUCCAAGUGAGCGACGAACGUACUGGCGAACGAAUGUAUCUGAGCGGACAUCGUGACAUCCUAUUUGACAUCACUUCGCUUGCAGCCGACAGCAUUGUAAGCGCAGACCGAUCGAUAGCGACAGUCCGGAACUAUAAGAGCAGAGUGAUAGUUCAAGCUGUCCAGCCAGGUGAAACGAGAAUCGUCAUCAAAGCACAGACACCAAAUAUUGAUUUCGGCAGUACAACGGUUGUGGUAUCGGCUGAAACAGUGGCUUUGACAAGAAUGACGGCAUUGCCUAUCGUUGAAAUGAACAUCAAUAUAGAACCGACGGCUGGUAAACGAGCGCAGUACGAUGUCGUCACCAUGCUCGAGACGACUUUCCAGCAUCGUUACCAGCUUUUUCUAUCAACUAUAUUACUCCGACGACAGUAUGGAAUUUCUGGACGACACACGGUCACCGAUUUCACUCUCACGUCGCAGAGCUCCGAUGAGCGCGUCAUAGCCUUAGCCCAUAAAGUUCAAAACGGAAUCGAUAUGAUAGCUUUGGACGAUUUGUCCGACCCAUUUAUUCAACUCGAACUUCGUCCACCUGCUCAUUGCACCGACGCCGACGUGGCUCCCUUGGCCAUGUUACAAGUACCGAUGAGAGUUCAAUUUGAUGGUCAUGGACGUCAGCGAGUCUGGCGGCUGCUCGGCAUUCUCCACAAACGGCAACCACAUCUACACAGGCCAGAAACAACUUCAAUCUGGCGAAUGGAUUCCUUACUGCCCAUGAUUCUCGUGUUAAUCCUCUUUGGAGGUGUCGUUAAAUUCUUCUCGAAAAGGGCUUCAAGCUUCAGAGGGUACGUGAAGCUCAUCCAGCCACGGCUACCCGCUCUGAGGGAUCCGAAUUAUUUUUAG